AUGCUCAGCCGCGGUGACGCUGCGUGGUGGAGCAGGGAUGGGUCAUGGCGGCGGCUGGAGGAAGGAGAGGAGGCAGGAGUGGAACCCGGCGGCCAUCACCCUGCCUCGGGGCAGCAUGGAGUGGCUCAUCCCGGUGUUUUUUUUCCUCUUGCAGAUGCAGAGCAGAGCAGCAGCCCCCGGACGGGCAUCGGCUCAGACCAGGAGGACAGCAAACCCAUCACGCUGGAUUCGACAGACUUCCAGGAAAGCUUCGUCACCUCGGGGGUGUUCAGCGUCACCGAGCUCAUCCAGGUGUCCCGAACGCCGGUGGUGACGGGCACGGGGCCAAAUUUCUCCCUGGGGGAGCUGCAGGGCCACCUGGCCUACGACCUGAACCCCUCCAGCACCGGCAUGAGGAGGACGCUGCCCAGCACCUCCUCCAGCGGGAGCAAACGGCACAAGUCGGGGUCCAUGGAGGACGACAUCGACACCAGCCCGGGGGGCGAGUACUACACCUCCUCCAACUCCCCCACCAGCAGCAGCCGCAACUGGACAGAAGACAUGGAAGGGGGCAUCUCCCCCACCGUGAAGAAGACGGAGAUGGACAAGUCCCCCUUCAACAGCCCGUCGCCCCAGGACUCCUCGCCCCGGCUGAGCAGCUUCACGCAGCACCACCGUCCCGUCAUCGCGGUGCACAGCGGUAUCGCUCGAAGCCCACACCCGUCGUCUGCGCUGCAUUUCCCCACCACCUCCAUCCUCCCCCAGACGGCCUCCACCUACUUCCCCCACACGGCCAUUCGGUACCCGCCUCAUCUCAACCCGCAGGACCCGCUGAAAGAUCUCGUCUCGCUGGCCUGCGACCCGUCCAACCAGCAGCCCGGACCGUUAAAUGGAAGUGGUCAAGUGAAAGUGCCCAGCCACUACCUGCCCACGCAGAUGCUGGCGCCGCCACCUCCCCCCGGCAUGCCCCGCUUGGCCGUCUCUCCUGACACCAAAUCCACCACGACAACUACCGAGGGAGGGACGACCUCACCGACAUCACCCACCUACUCUGCACCAGGCACGCCCCCUGCGAACCGUUCCUUCGUGGGAUUAGGACCAAGGGAUCCUGGGAGUAUCUAUCAGGCACAGUCCUGGUACCUGGGAUAA